AAUUUGAUAUGGAUCCUGACGUAAAACGCAGAAAAGUUUUGUUUCUUUUACUAUCAAAGAAACGGGAAGCAAAACGGAGCGGUUCUGAAAGGAAAUGGUGGGUUAGACCAAUUUACCUAAAUCGACAAGACCAAGGGGCGCAACAAAAUCUGAUAAACGAAAUGCGACUGCAGGAUACUGAGUCAUUUUUUAAUUUCUUCCGGAUGACUCCGCAAAAAUUUGAUGAAUUGUUAUCAGUUGUUGGUCCACGAAUUACAAUGAAGGCCACUUCAUUCAGGAAUCCCAUCUCUGCACAAGAAAGAAAGAUUAGCUAUUACCAUAAGCUAACUAUUAUAAACAAUGAGUGGGAAUUUCCAAACUGCAUUGGAGCUGUUGAUGGGAAACAUAUAGUAAUGCAGGCUCCUAAUUCUUCGGGGUCUGCGUUCUUUAACUAUAAAGGUUCCUUCAGCAUUGUUCUGCUUGCUGCAUGCGAUGGAAAA